AUGGAAGGAAAAAUAAUAAACCUAGUAGGAUCGAAAUUAGUACCUAGUGUUCAAGAACUAGCAAAAGAUUGUCCUAAGGAAAUCCCAGAAAGAUACAUACGAAAUGAUCAAGAUCCUCCAUUAGCAGCUGACGAUGAAAAUCUUCAAUUGCCAACUAUUAAUAUGGAAGCUUUGAUUAGUGGAGAUGGAGUUGAGCUUGAGAAGUUGCAUUCAGCAUGCCAAGAGUGGGGCUUUUUCCAGCUUAUAAACCAUGGGAUAAGUUCUUCACUGUUGAAAAAAGUCAAACAAGAGACACAAGAAUUUUUCAACCUUCCACUAGAAGAAAAGAGAAAAUACUGGCAAACUCCAACAGACGCAGAAGGAUUUGGACAAGCCUUUGUUAAAUCAGAUGACCAAAAGUUGGAUUGGGCCGACAUGUUUUUCUUAACAACCUUGCCUAAACAUUUGCGUCGACCCAAUUCGUUUCCCAUGCUACCUCUUCCAUUCAGAGACGCAUUGGAAAAUUACUCAACCGAGGUUGAUAAACUCUCAAGGAAAAUCUUAGAUUUUAUGGCAAAGGCUCUAAAUUUUGAUAAUGAUGGCAAUGUGUUUGGAGAAAUUUCUCAAGCAAUGAGGAUGAACUAUUAUCCACCGUGUUCUCAAUCGGAAAAGGUCAUUGGCAUUGUGCCUCAUACUGAUGCAACAGCCCUUAUCACUAUCCUCCUACAGCUUAACGAAAUCGAAGGCCUCCAAAUCAACAAAGAUAACAAAUGGAUCGCAGUUGACCCCCCACCCGAUGCCUUUAUAGUCAAUAUUGGUGACAUUUUGGAGAUAAUGAGCAAUGGGAUGUACCGAAGUGUUAUGCAUCGAGCUGUGGUGAAUGCAACUAAAGAGAGGUUAUCAAUUGCCACAUUUGUUUCCCCUUCACUUGAUCGUGAAAUAGGCCCCAACCCUAGAUUAAUAAACUCGAUCAAUCGUGCAAAGUUUAAAAGAAUCAGCAUGAAAGAUUACUGGAAGGGAUUUGUUGAUCGUCCGUUGGAUGGAAGAAGAUACCUUGAUGGUGUUAGAAUAGUUGAUGAUGAUGCAUGAGCAUUCAUCAAGAUGCAACUAGUCAAAAGAAAAUUUAACCUUGCUUAAUUUGUUGGCAUUAUUCAUGAUCACCAAUUUAUCAUAAUGUUAUUGUAAAAUGCCUUCUUACAUGAUCUUCCUUGUAACAAAA